AUGCGUUUCUUCGGGCCGUGCGCUUUGGCGCUCGCCGUCGAGGGCGCCUAUGGCUACCUCGAUGCUCAGCCAUUCUUCAUGUUCUCUACCUCCGAGCUCCUUAUAUCCUCCUCCAGACUACAAAAUGCACAAGCAAUCACGUCUGACGUCGCUCUCACCCUAUCACAGUGCCCAUCCGACUAUUACAUCCUUGUCUCCCAACAAGGUGUUUCUGCUCGAGACUACCAAUGUAAAAAGAACACACCCGCUCUAGCCCAGAGACUAUCUACUUCCCAGCAGCCCGGAAGUGUCAUAAAGAGUUCUCUCGCCGUCACAGACGUCGUUGGAACCGUCGACCCGACGACAUGGACUGAACUGCUGCAGACUACAUGUGGUGUUCAGACGACCGAGAUUCAUGCGGCCGAUGGCGAAAUCCCAACCUCUCUAACACCUGCACCCAGGUUAAUUCACCUUAGACUGCCUGCCCCAUCAUCAGAGUCGAGAGCGCAAGGUCUAGCCAGCAACGAUGCAUUCUUCGCCACUUUGCUUGAGAUGCUUCCUACUCAGAAGUACACCGUCCUCUAUACCACCAGGCGAGCACGGGAGGGAUGGUUCAAUGCUCAGGUUCUUGAGCCAUUAGACUAUGAAAUGGACAGUGAUAUUCAGGAGGCACUUCACAGCGACCUAAAGAGGAAUCUCGGGACGAGAGUGGCUAGUGGCAACAAGACAGAGAACCAGACGAUGAUUGAUGGUCCUCUGUUCGAUAAAUACCAAUUUUUCACACCUGGCAUUUUCAUGGGCUUCUUGACAGGCUUCCUUCUCUUAUCUAUUCUGUACGUUGCAGUCUCCGCAGUCGCGUCACUACAGGUAACGUACGCCGCCUUCGAUAAGGAGACCGGCGCGCUAGCUGGCAAGAAAGCUCAAUAA